AUGGCGAUAUCAAUAUUAAGCAAAAAAAUAAGUAAUAGCAUCAAAAAGAACAGAAUUAAAAAAAGAACCAACGUACUCAACUACCAUAUAAAAAAUACAGGAGGAAUCAAAAAAGCUUUAAAAGAACUAAAAGAGACAAAAACCUGGGUACCAAAUAUUAAAAAUAAAGCAGGAAAACAGGAAACGACAAGAAGAGCUAUAAUACAGACAGCAACUGAUUUCUUUAGAAAACUUUAUGCAGCAGAACAAAGUACCCAAGAUAUAACUAUAAAUCUCGAUGAUGAUGACGACUUAGAAGACAUACCAGUUUUCCUACAAUCAGAAAUAGAAAAAGCUGUCAACAGUCUUAAGAACAAUAAGGCACCCGGAGCAGAUCAGAUUAUAAAUGAAAUGAUCAAAACCUCAGUUAUGUCACCGGAAAAGCUAAGAAUAAACUCACAGAAAUAUAUAACUUCAUUUUAA